AGAACAUCUAGUAAGUGUCUUUUUACACGGACACCAAAGUGAGGGGGGGAAAGGGAACAGCAGGGUAACCACAACUCACUUGGACUUGUAUCUAAGAGUAAUCAGAUGCAAUGGAUUGGCUCCCCUUCAGAACAACUGUGGUUCUAUUCAUUUUAAUGGUAUUCUUGGAUUUCAGCAUUGGAUUUCAUGUAGAGGUGAAAGAAUGGAAUGAAAAUGGUGUGGCACGAUGGAAAACCUUCAGAAGACAAAAACGGGAAUGGAUUAAAUUUGCUGCAGCUUGUAGGGAGGGAGAAGAUAAUUCAAGGAGAAAUCCAAUUGCCAAAAUUCGAUCAGAUUGCGAAGAAAACCAACCAGUUGUAUACAGCAUCUCUGGAAUAGGGAUUGAUAAGCAACCUUAUGGGAUCUUUGUUGUUAAUCCAAGAACUGGAGAAAUUAAUAUAACAUCAAUAGUUGAUCGAGAGGUGACCCCAGAAUUUGUUAUUCACUGCUUUGCUAAACAUGCACUUACUGGUAGAGAUUUAGAACCGCCUCUGGACCUUCGAGUCAGAGUUCUGGAUAUAAAUGACAAUGCGCCAAUAUUUUCACAAGCAAUGUAUAUGGGAUCUAUUGAAGAGAGCUCUAUGGAGAAUACUCUGGUGAUGAAAAUAAUUGCCAUGGAUGCAGAUGAACCAAAUCACUUGAAUUCCAAAAUUGCCUACAAGAUAGAGAGUCAGGAACCUGCAGGUGCAUCAAUGUUUAUUCUAAAUAAACAUACUGGAGAAGUUCACAUAGCAAAUUAUCUUGACAGAGAGCAACAUAGCAGCUACUCUCUUGUUGUGAAAGCCUCAGACCGCGAUGGAGCUGCAGAUGGAAUCUCCUCCCUUUGUAAUUGUGCUAUUAAAGUUCUUGAUGUCAACGAUAAUUUCCCAACUCUUUCACAGAGUUCAUAUUCAGCAACUAUUGUGGAAAAUUCACUCAGUUCAGAACUGCUACGGAUACAAGUUCUGGAUGCUGAUGAACAGUUUUCGGACAAUUGGUUGGCAGAAUUUUUCUUUAUAUCUGGCAAUGAAGACAACUGCUUUGAAUUCAUAACAGAUCCAGCAACUAAUGAGGGUAUUCUGAGGGUUAUUAAGCCGCUGAAUUAUGAAUACAUGCAAAGUUAUCCACUGAGUUUUGGUGUUAGAAACAAAGCUGCAUUCCACCAUUCAGUUGCUACUCAGUAUCAAGUUAUGGGAACACCGCUAACAAUAAGUGUAAAAAAUGUGAUAGAACCACCAUGCUUUAGUCCAUCUUCAAGGAGCUUUUUUCUGCCAAGAAGCUUAUCAAUAGCUGCCAUGUCUAAUUACAUGGUUGGAAUAUAUACAGCCACUGAUGUGGAAACUGGAAAAACUGCAUCAAAUGUCAGAUAUCGGAUUGGACAUGAUCCAGGUGCCUGGUUCAGAGUCAGCUCCACAACUGGUGAAAUCUUUUUGAACAAAAUUAUUGAUCGGGAGUCAUCCUAUGUAGUCAAUGGGUUAUACAGAGCAAAGUUGCUGGCUAUUACAGGAGAUGUUCCUGCAAAAACUUCCACUGGUACCAUUGUGCUUGUAGUUGAUGAUUCCAAUUAUAACUGUCCAACUCUUAGUACUGAAAUGAGAAAAGUAUGUAUGAGUUCUCCAACAGUUAUUAUCACAGCAAAAGAUCUGGAUGGUGAUACAUAUAGUUCUCCCUUUACAUUUACCAUAGCUAAGCAGCCUGCAAGAAGUUUAUGGAGUAUUAGACAAAUAGAUGGUUAUUCUGUAGAACUGAGAACUCAAAAUAUCGAGUUUUUCAUUUAUGAUGUCUAUGUCCAUGUGAUGGAUAACCAAGGCAGAAUAUGUCAACGACCACAGAGAAUUCCUUUGCAAGCCUGUCUUUGUGAUAGCCGCCUAAUUUGUACUAGUGGUGCUACAGAACCACUUCCCGUAGACGUUAGGGAUGAUGUGACAAUUGAUGGUGGUCUGGUCACUAUUGGUGGUAGUAUUGUUACAUCUGCUUAUACUGGGAUCGGUUAUACUGAUGAUUAUGGAUAUACUGGCCCUUAUGUAGACGGCCGGCAGAGUGGAACGACUACACUUGGUGGUGCUGCUAUUGCUCUGAUGUUUCUUGGAGGCUUAAUAUUUGUGUUGUUUCCAAUUUUGAUGGCAAUGAGUGACUGUUGUGGUUAUGGAGCAAGACCUGCAGGUGGAGUUGGGGCUGGAUUCGAGCCUGUACCUGAAUGCACAGAAGGAGCAAUUCAUUCAUGGGGAAUAGAAGGAGCACAUCCUGAAGACAUGGCUAUCACAGGCAUCAGUGCACCACAUCCAGUUGCCACUGCAGGUGACUUUGUUGACCCCUCUGACAUUUAUACAAAUACAUAUGGAGGAGGAGGAGCAGUGGUAACUUCAGGACGUGAAGAAACUACAGGGCUCGGAACAGCUGUAGGUUAUGGAACAACUAGUGGCUAUGGGGCAGCUACUGCCUAUGGAACAAUGGGGAAAAAAGAGUCAAUUGGAGGGACAUUAAGAGAAUAUAGAGAAGGAGGAGUGAAUAUGGCUUUCUUAGACAGCUACUUCUCGGAGAAAGCAUUUGCCUAUGCAGAUGAAGAUGAAGGCCGACCAGCAAAUGAUUGUCUACUAAUAUAUGAUCAUGAAGGAAUAGGUACACCUGUUGGUUCCAUUGGCUGCUGCAGUUUUAUUGGAGAAGAUAUUGAUGACACCUAUUUAGAUACGUUAGGACCAAAAUUUAAGACCUUGGCAGAAAUCUGUUUAGGCAAAGUCAUCGAACCCAUUCCAGGUGUUAGUGCUACCUUUCCCAAUAUUGAAAGUGAUCUAAAGCUGCCACCACCUGGAACUACGAUCAUCGUUAAUGAAUCUUCAUCUAUGCCUCCCCCUGUUGGUAGUACAACAAUUGUUACCGAAAACACUUACACAUCUGGUUCUACCCUACAGCCUGCAAGGCCUAAACCUGAUCCUUUGCUCCAUGGUAAUGUAAUGGUGACUGAGACCUACACAUCCGGCUCAACUUUUCAACCACCCACACUAAGUGUCGAUCCUCUUCGUGCAUCAAAUGUUGUUGUAACAGAAAGGGUGCUUGCUCCUGCCUCUGCCUCUGAUUUGCGCGGCAUUCUAGAUAUUCCUGAUCUAACAGAUGGGGCAAAUGUUGUAGUCACAGAAAGGGUAAUUGCACCUGGUUCAAGGCUACCCCCUUCUUUGAGUAUCCCUGAUCUUGCAGAUGCAUCAAAUGUAGUGGUGACAGAACGGGUGAUUAGACCUGCCUCUGGUCUGCCAGGCAAUUUAACUAUUCCUUCUGAGCUAUCAAAUGCACAUAAUGUAGUUGUUACAGAGAGAGUAGUGUCUGGGCCUGGCAUGGGCGGCAUGGGGGGCGUGGGCGGCAUGGGGGGCAUGGGAGGCAUGGGGGGCAUGAGCAGCAUGGGGGGCGUGAGCAGCAUGACUGGUCAAUUGCUUAGCGCUGACACUCAUCUUAGCCAGACAGUUGGCUCCGUCUCCCCUGGUACAUCUCGAAGAAGGGUAACAAAAUACAGCACAAUACAGUAUGCUAAUCAGUAAGGCUUCUAUCAGUACAUUUUUCUGCAGAGAUCAUGAUUUACAUUGAAAUUUUUAACUCUCACUAAAUAUACCAAAGUAUAUUUUUAUUAUUUAUAACUAGCAAAUAGUACUAAAAUUCUUGUGAUUCUUGUCUGAGUAAGAAUCUCGUAAAGCUCUCCAGUUUCAAAGUGAAACACAGAAACACUGUCAAUGGGGGAAAGUUCAGGUAAGCAACUUUAAAUAUUUUCUUUUAUUAUUACAAAUGCAGUGCUAAAAACAGAUGGUGACUCCUCUUCCACAACGUGGCCUUUUGCAUAUUGUCAGUGUUAAGAGUGAGAGUAUUGUUCAUUCAAAAGAUUACCCUCCUAAUAUAGAUUAGUCAGCUUGCUCUCUGUUUCCCAGCCAUAUUUCUCAGGCAAUAUGAAAAUGGAACAGCACUGGAGCUGUGUUUAAAUAUUUAGGAUCAAUUUGAACAGUUCCUUUGGUUCAGGACUGACUGACUUAUGCAGAGUCUAUCCAGAGCAAAAAUUUCAUAUUGGAAAUCCAUUUCCAAUACCUACUCAGCUAAGGUAAAAUGAGCUUAAAAUUGGUCCAGGAGAAAGAGCUUAGUAUCAGAAUGUGUCAGUGAGAAGGGUUCACUGUAUGUAUAUAGUAUUGAGCUGCCUGAAUUUCACAUGGUGCCCAUGCUGAGAUAUUUUAUCCUAUUAUGACCUGUCAUGAUAUCGUUGGCCUUUAUUUAAACUGGGAUUAAAGGCCUUUUACUGAUUAACUGCCCCCAAUGUAGCAUGGCAGUAGUGCAGUGCUGUCUCGGGAAAGGGUCAUUACUUGUCAACACAAUGUUUAACUAAUCACUUUCAAAUGCAUCAAAUUUACAUUGCAUGUUGUCACUAUAUGUUUUACAAGAAGUUACUUAUAAAUUAUUCCCUUGCCACUAACAUAAUACAAUGUAUAGAAAUAGUUACAAGCAUAAAAAUACAGUAUAUUCUCAUUACUCACCACACCUCUCAGUAAAUGCCAAGGCUUCCAUCCUGAAGGGUUUGACUCAAAACACACCACAGCUAGUCCAUCUGAUCUGGUAAGGGUAUGAAACUAUUAGUCACAUCUAUGGCUCCACUAAACUUACUACCAUAGUCUAAUCAGCCAUGAUUGCUAUCCUCGGUGACUCAGAGGUUCUUAGUCAGGCUUGUUGCCAUCUAUUAACUAGAAGAUAGUCUCCAAUUUCUGAGUAUUAUAUUAUAUCUUACUAGUUCUCUGCACUAACAAAUCACAAGGAAAGAUCAUCUUAGCUUCGUGUUCUGUGGGUACAAUUGCAGUUUAGUCAGUGUCAAUUCUGAUCUUGGCCAUAGAAGUCUUUCAGGAGAAGAAAAGAUUACUUGGGAAAACAUAGUUUUGCUAGCACACAGUACAGAGACUAGAUAUUUCAUAUCAUGUCUGUACUUUGCAUUGUAUUUCAAAAGUGAAUUUGAAUAUGUUAAAUGGGAAAACUACAUGGAAGUCCUUAUGGAUUUUAUCAUCUAAAUGAAAUUGGGUGCUUGGUUCUUAUUUUUCCACAAGAUGCCAGCUCAGCCAAAAUCUCUAUUUACUUGAUACUAAAUAAAUACAAACAGUAAAAAUUUGGCCCCAAAUUUCAGCUGAUACUUAACAAAAAGUUGGAAAUCUUUUAUCCAUUGCUUAGUGCCUCUGUGGAUAGCUUACUAACUGCAUAUAUACAUCAUAGAAUACAUGAAGCUGAAUGAACAAAAUACUGAAAUAUAGUAGCUACCUUGUUUCAAUUCUGUACCAUAUGUAAAGUAUAGUAACUGUAGUGUACACAACAAUACUUUAGUGUAAAUACAAUAAAAUUAUUCAUGAGGCUUGUUUUGUCACUAAACUACAAAAUCUGUAUUUCUUUUCCCUCUUGCUUUGCUCCUUCAAUGCUGAUGGGUAAGUUAUUGAGGAGUUUACGAGAGUUGUUUUAGGAUAAUCACUGGAUCGAUCUCUGACAUCACUUCCCAUGGGUUAAAAUGGAGGAGACUUAGUCACCUACCUAGAUUGAUUUAUCUCAUAAGAAAGAUCUGGAUAAAGAGUUUCUGAGCCUGAUGUCAUUUAAAGGCUUUUCUAAAAUAUGCUUUCUGAAAUGCAAAUUGGCCCAUUGUCAAAGACAAUGUGCAGUGCCUUCUGCACUGACAUUACAGCUACAGAUACCAGUGGCUUCCUGAAGUUUAUCAUAAAGCCCAAGGCUGCGUCACAAAACAGUUCUCCCAUGGUAUUGUAUCCAGCUUCAAACCUCUUAUAAAGCCAUUUGUUGUGCUACAUAUUCUACACAUUAAUGCUGGUGUACAGUCUCUUAUGACCUGAUUCUGCAAUCCUCACUCAAGUUGAGUAUCACUUAGGUUUUAUUGACUUAAAUGAAAUUUUUCUCAACAGUAAGUCCUAUGUAGUGUGAGUAAGGAUUGCAGGAUUGUUCAUUGAAGAAGGAAAACAGGUUACUACUGUACACAGGCUUAUGGUUUCAUGACUGAGUAUUGCAAACUAUCAAGUUCAGUACAAAAAUCAAAUGUUGCCUUUUUCACUAAUCAAAAAGCUUUUAUUAACAAAAAUGACUUUGAUAUAAAAAAGGAUUUUUUGCAAAAUAUCAGUGUUGUGUAAGCAUUUCUCUAAUCAUCUUAUGCAAAUCAAAAAUAUUCUUCCCCCCAUGAUAUUCACUAGUUGUAAAAUUAGGUUUCAGAAACACUUGUUGUAUUCUUUUUUUUACCCUGUUGAACAGGAAUGUUGUAUGAUGUAUCAGUGUUUGAACUAGCUAUAGUCUCUUGCAUGUCUAGGAAUAGAAAUGGUUUUAAAAAAAGGGGAAAAUGUUAAAAAACCUGGAUCUAUUUUGAUUAUAUGGUAGUUGCCUUUCUUUGUUAGUAAUAAUUUCUGCCAACUCUUUCUAAAGAACAGUAGUUUGAUGUUUAGGGAAGUGUCAUGAAAGAAUAUCCUAGUGUAGUUUUUUAACACUUGAUUUCUCAUGGAUCAA